CUAUAUAAUGUCAUCAAAUUCUUAUUAAGGAAAAUAAUAACAAUAAAAAAUGUGGUCAAAUAGCCUACAGAGCAGUGAGUGCCACAGUCCCUGGUAGGAGCCCCAGUUUUACUCUCCUGCUUUGUCAUUGUGGGCCAAUGAGUACCAAACUAUUCCAGGCUAACAGCAGGAGGGAAUGAGGGACUCAUUCCUAUCUCUAUUUCCAUAAAAGCCUAACAUUUGGCUAGUAAAGUCUUCCCUUCAGAGUGUCUGGGCCCUGCAAAAGAGAGGGACUGACUCUCUUACACUUCCACUGUCUCAUUUAAACAGUUUGCACCUCAGUUUUCUGGAUGCUGCCUCUUUCCAUGGAUGGCCUACACCUCCACUGCAUUGCGGGAGAGCCGGCUGUGGCAAAAACCAGCCCUGCACACAGGUGUGGUAUCACUCAGCAAUGCCAUGCCUGAAGUCCAUCAGCAGACUGAGCCCUCCUUUCUCAUUUUACUUUCAGUAGGAUUUUAGUGUCUCACAGCCGCUUGGCUCUUUGAAAAUCAGAGCUUAAUCACUCCAGGUAAAGAAAAUUAAGCUACACGCUAACAUUAACGGACCAAGCGUGCAAUACCAGCGUCAUACACCAGAGAGCGGGAAUGUUCUUUUACGAGAUGAUCUGUUUAGUAUGACCUCACUUAAGAUGACCUCAGUAAUCAAUUUGUUUAAUACAUUGUUUGACUGAAGCUUGCUAAGCUUAUUUGAAGAGCAUAUCAUAAACAUCAAACUUCAAAAGUUCCUCAUUAUUGAAGCCCCAUGUGCAUAUUUAAAUUUGAAAGCCUGAAAAUAUAUUCUAAAUUGCUGGGAAGUUUACAUUUCAAGUGCAUUUUGUUUUUGCACUUGACAUAUUCUCCUUGUUAGCAGCAAAUAGAUAAGAAAGAUGGAAUUAAUUCCUAAGCUCUUUAGGUGGAAAACAGAGGGUAAAGGAGCCUGAACUUAGGAGAGACCAAGAUGAGAGAGCAGAAAGGAACCCCUCUGCUCUGCCAAAACUACAAGGUUACAUUACCAAAAUCUUUCAAAUUCCUAGUCCUGCAGUGUAGGAAGGGAUCCUAUAAACAGAGCCUUGCAUAAGGCAUGAAUUUAAAGGGAAUUCAAAGCAUCUUUCAUGCUAAUUAGAUCAGACACACAGUUCUAAGUAUGCUUAACAUAGACAUUGAAAAGACAGAAAAACUAACACAACUGUUUCUGGGAGCAAACAUAGCUUUCUCACAGUGAGCUAUCCUAACAUCAUUUCUCUUUACAUUUAAAGUGUACGUAUGAACCUCACAUAGACAACUUUACCUUUUUCUGGAGAAGAUGGGAAUGGCUAAAUAAAAAAACAAGAUAAUGCAGUAUUACAGCACAGUACAUUUAAAUACUGAAGUAAAUACUGAAGUAAAAUACAUCAGACUAUCAUCAGAGAAUUCAAUAGAGACAGCUAUUUAGCAGUUUCUAAAAGCAUAGCAUCUGUUCAGUCUGGUAAAGAACAACCAGCUAGGCAUACUGCUUCACUUCACGGUUAAAGUUUCCCCAUCAAGUGAAUCAUUGGCUUGCAAAAUAGAAAACAGCUGCUGAACAGAGAAUGGGCAAAAUUCCAGGUUAUUUUUAUCACUAUUUUAGCAAACCAUACAUUCAGAACUGCAUUUUUAAAUUAUUUCUGCUGGACAGUUUGACAAGAAAAGAGCCAACAGUUAAAUAAAGUAUCAUACUCUCUCCUUUCCCACAAUACUCCAUUAAUCAAAUGGCCAUUGAUCUAAGGUAACUUGAACUUUUGAUCUACCUUUGGUAAUUUCCUUACCUUGCAAAGCCACCUUCAUAUGUCUAAAAUAAAAUAGCUACCUUCAAACCUUAAUUAUAGAUACCUCCAGUAACCCUGCUCUGUUAUCCAAGCAAUUCCUAAGUUUAUUUCUGAUGAUAACUAUUGAAAUUCGACUGUCUGUUUCUUCAUGAUGCUGCAGUCCAUUAGCAACCAAAGAUCCCAUAUGAACUGGCUUGCCAUUUUCAAGAUAAUGGAAGAUAUAAAGACAAGAAGAGAGGGAGGGAGCUGUGAUGAAAAAAAGCCAAAAAAGUAAGAAUAAAAGUAUCUUGUUGAUUAUUUCCAGCAUUAGUGCAACUGAGGGGAAUAAACAAUUUCUCUCUCAAUUGCCACAGUGCAUUUUGCUUCCUGUUCCUAAGCCUUGCUAGAGGAAUUUUCUAGCAAACAUAUUUAAAUUUGGAAAUGCUUUUCCCACAUCAACUGCACUUUUCUCUUUGGUCUUGUUAACCAAACUGUUAACACAUUCCGGGCAUUAUUUGCUCUUAGACCACAAGUUAUCAAGGAGGUUGUUACUCCACAGCAAGCCUUUGAGGUCAUCAGUCCUGUUCCCCACACGUUAGCCCAGAUCACAGAUUCAAGCUAUUAAGCCCCAGAAGAGGAAGACUACUGGGACAAUGGGAUAACAUUAGGGAUUUGGAGGUUUCUUGAAUACCAUUCUAGGGAAAAAUAGCUUUACCCUCUCUUGGAAGCUGUGAAACAUGAACUUGUGCUAUAAUUCUGCCUGUGCUCUUGAGUCAGACUCCCUGACACGCUUAGGAAGACUCUGCUGUGCUUGUAGGUCACUAAGGUUGCAGAAUCAGUUGUUCAGCCACCUCCCCUCUGGGAAGGGACCAUUAAGUUUCCCUUCUCUCUCUAAUAACAUUGUUAACAAUGCCCGUUUAUCACCUGAGUACAACCUGUGCUACAAUGCACUUGAUAACUUUACAGUUCACCUAAUGUGAAAUUCAUUCUAUUCAUACUGUCAAGCUAAUUAAAUUCCUUCUCUCAGUAAUUUUUGUAUUACAUUUAGAAGAAAUACAGUUUAUAACUGUUACAGUUCAUCCCUUGGAAAAAUAGUAUCAUUAAACUUCCUUUUAAAUCAAAGGACCUUUCACAUUAUUUGUCUUCUCAUUAUUCAUAAUGACAAACAGCACAAUAUUGCAAGACUAAUCAGAGGUGCAUUAAAACAUCACUUUUAUUAUUUAUGCAUGAAAUUUGUACAUGUGAAAACUGUUAAAGUAACUCAAGACCCAAGUGCUAUAAAUAGUGCUCUAUUGUUAGUGGAUAGAAGAUGGAACAAGUGUCCUGGCACUGGAGUACGUCCUAUUAAGUGUUACGCUCAGCCUGUGCUAAAAGUGAAAGGCUACAUCAACUGAUAAAACUAGUCCGCAGGCAAAGCACAUGACUGGAAAGAGCUUGGUCUGACUCUGUAGCUUUCCCUAAGCAACACAGAAGCAGCAGCACCUUAUCUGUCUGCCUCAGCAAUGGAAGAAACAGUUAUAAGACACUGGGUGGAAACUCCUGUGCGUUACCAAGAAGAGUUUGCAGUUCAAGAGCCAGAAGCAUUCAAACUGGAUCACUCCCUAUACGCUUUGCCGGGCCCUUCUACAGCUGCGCUGCGCAACAGAAGGCGUAUCACAGAAAGUACAGCUGGGGCCGAGAAGAGCAGCCAGGAGGAGGAAAACACAAGCUUUCAGGUCUUACUGGAUGUUGUGCAAUUCCGCCCUGAAGAUAUCAUUAUUCAGACUUUCGAAGGCUGGCUGCUAAUCAAAGCUCAACACGGACCCAGGAUGGACGAACAUGGUUUCAUAUCCAGAAGCUUUACUAGGCAAUACAAACUACCUAAUGGAGUGGAGAACAAAGAUUUGUCUGCGCUUUUCUGCCAUGAUGGCAUUUUGGUUGUUGAAAUGAAGAAGCCAGGGGGACUGAAUUAAAUUUUUGUGAAUAGUUUAUUGAUUUUUUUUUUCUUUCUUAGUCUCUGGAAAAGCACAGAAACUGAAGAAUACUAUCAAGAAAAGAACCUGUUUCCACAGCGCAAGCUUGUAUACAAAACAUCCUUUAAGAGAUUUCUUUUUAAAAGUGUGUUGUAUGUUUGAAACUAUAAAAUAACAGAAUAAUCACUGACUCUAUUUGUUUGAAAACUCAGUAAGUAGUUAUAAGUAAGAAAGUGAGUAUACUUUCUGUCAAAGAUUAAUUUGAAAGAAAACUUUCAAAGGCAUUUAGAAAAUUGUUUUUGUUUAAUGUAUUCUGCUAUCUAU